CAUCACUCUUAACGCACUCGAAGAACAUUUAAUCACGACAAUUUUGCAGGUUUUCGAGCAUGGGUUCGUUACCUUCCUUAGUGAAUUUCGGAAGCGUAAAUAUGAUUUCUUUCGGAAAUUUCGACAGUUCGGUUUGUUUAGUUAGUAGGGUUUCUUCCCGCGGAAAUGGGAUUAGGUUUAGAAGUUCUUUAUGGAGUGGCACACAGUGGAGGUAUUUUCGUGUUUGUAGAUAUUCUUCGACCACAACUAAUUACGUUUCGGAACAAGGGGUUUCGGUAUCUCUUGAUUCUAAUACGUAUAGAGGUGGUAAACAAAAUCCAGUUUUGAAAUCAGUGCCGAAGGUAGAACCCCUUCUCGAUAUUAAUUGGGACGAAUCGGAGGUUAGCGGGAAUAGCGGUGGUGGUGAUGAGAGAAGUAAGGUGAUCGAGUCCUUGGAGAAAGUCGAGAAGCUAGAGUCUAGUAGUAAGGUGAAUGUAGCUGUAGCCGAGCCUAGAGCGAAUGAUGCAGCCGAUCGAGAAACGAAUCGUAAGCCGUUUAAAUCGGGGGAGAAUUCGACACGCAAGUCGAAGACUAUGAAGAGCGUUUGGCGGAGGGGUGAUUCGGUGGCUGUUGUGCAGAAAGUUGUGAAGCAGCCUGGGACGGGUGGAGAAGUGGUGUCUGAAUCUGUUGCUCCGCCUCGGAGAGUUCAACCGAAGUUGCAUACGAAACCGUCUGUUGAUCCACCGCCUUCUGUUAAGAAACCUGUUGUCUUGAAGAAUGUGGGCGAUGGAAACGAUUUGGUUGAAAAGACAAUAAGGCGAAAGCCGAUUUUGAUCGAUAAAUUUGCGUCCAAGAAACCUUUGGUGGAUCCUCUGAUUGCUCAAGCUGUUUUAGCCCCUCGAAAACCGGGGAGCCGCCUUCCGACUAGAAAAGUCAAAAACGACUGGAGAAAGAAGAGUAAAGCAGGUACAGCAUCUGAUGGGGACCCGAAGCGUAGGCGUAAGGUCAGCGAUGAUGGCAUUCUCGACGAGGAUGUGUCUGAAUUCGACGUUUCGAUUCCCGGUUCUUCGAAGGCUCGUACGGGCGGCAGAAAAUGGACUAAGGCGAGCCGGAAGGCGGCUAGGAGGCAGGCUGCUAGGGAUGCCGCCCCUGUCAGGGCGGAGAUGGUGGAAAUCGACGAGGAUGGCAUGUUGACCGAAGAUUUGGCGUACGAAUUGGCAAUAAGCGAAGGCGCACUUUUUGGGUUUUUUUUCGAGAAGGGAAUUAGGCCCGACGGAGUGCAGAAGCUGAGCAAAGAGAUGGUGAAGAUGAUUUGUAAAGAGUACGGGGUGGAAGUGAUCGACACUGUACCGGUUAGGGUUGAGGAAAUGGCGAAAAAGAAGGAGAUUCUUGAUGAAGACGAUUUAGAUAAAUUAGAAGAUCGGCCUCCGGUUUUGACUAUAAUGGGGCAUGUUGACCAUGGAAAGACAACACUUUUGGACUACAUAAGGAAGAGCAAGGUGGCAGCGGGUGAAGCUGGCGGGAUUACUCAAGGAAUUGGGGCUUAUAAGGUUCAAGUACCUAUCAACGGAAAGACACAAACGUGUGUGUUUCUUGAUACACCUGGCCACGAGGCAUUUGGAGCGAUGAGAGCGCGUGGAGCUAGAGUGACGGACAUUGCUGUAAUUGUAAUUGCAGCUGAUGAUGGGAUAAGGCCUCAAACGAGCGAGGCUAUUGCUCAUGCCAAAGCUGCAGGGGUGCCGAUUAUUGUAGCUAUCAAUAAGAUUGAUAAAGACGGAGCUAAUCCAGAUCGAGUCAUACAAGAUCUUUCAGCAGCUGGUUUGAUGCCUGAAGAAUGGGGCGGCGACAUCCCAAUGGUUAAGAUUAGUGCUCUUAAAGGCGACAAUGUCGCUGAAUUGCUGGAAACCAUCAUGCUUGUUGCUGAGUUGCAAGAAUUGAAGGCCAAUCCAAAGAGGAAUGCUAAAGGAACAGUGAUUGAAGCUGGUCUUGAUAAAUCAAAGGGGCCUAUGGCUACUUUCAUUGUACAAAAUGGAACACUCAAAAAAGGAGAUGUAGUAGUUUGCGGUGAAGCUUUUGGAAAGGUGCGGGCAAUUUUUGAUGAUAAUGGUAAACGAGUCGAUGAAUCGGGGCCCUCUAUCCCAGUACAGGUCAUUGGAUUGAAUAAUGUUCCAUUAGCAGGUGACGAAUUCGAGGUCGUUGUCUCACUCGAUAUUGCUCGAGAAAAAGCAGAGGCAAAAGCAGAGUAUUUAAGAAACGAACGUAUAACAGCAAAAGCAGGGGAUGGAAAAGUUACGCUCUCUUCUUACGCAUCUGCUGUUUCUUCGGGAAAGAAUGCCGGUUUAGAUUUGCAUCAACUCAAUAUCAUACUCAAAGUUGAUGUUCAGGGAUCGAUCGAGGCUAUCAGACAAGCUAUGCAGGGGCUUCCACAAGAUAACAUCACAAUCAAGUAUGUACAUCAAGCAACGGGCGAUUUGAGUAAUAGUGAUAUUGAUCUUGCAAUUGCGAGUGAAGCCAUUAUUUUCGGUUUUAACGUCAGAGUAUCUGGUUCGGUUAAGAGCUACGCGAAUAACAAGAGUGUUGAAAUUCGUCUGUAUAAAAUUAUUUACGAACUUAUUGAUGACGUGCGGAAAUCAAUGGAGGGUCUCUUGGAUACUGUCGAGGAAGAAGUCCCUAUAGGUAUGGCGGAAGUAAGGGCGGUAUUUAGUAGCGGCAGUGCACGUGUUGCUGGAUGCAUGGUGACGGAGGGCAAAAUAGUCAAAGACUGUGGAAUUAGGGUACUUCGAAAUACAAAAGAAGUUUAUGUCGGUGUCCUUAAUUCCUUGAAACGGGUUAAGGAGAUGGUGAAUGAGGUAAAUGCGGGACUAGAGUGUGGAAUUGGAAUAGAGGGAUUCAAUGAUUGGGAAGCGGGUGAUAUUAUCGAGGUCUUUAACUGGGUAGAAAAGAGAAGGUCGCUCGAAGAGGCAUCGGCCACAAUGUCAGCUGCAGUUAAAAAAGCAGGGUACUAACUGUAGAGAAACACAACACACAUGACAUCAUCAUCGAUGCCUUAUUAUUAUGUUGGCUCCCGGUGCAGAAGUUUAGAGCUGUGAAUAUUUAAGCGCGUUAGGAAGGGAUUUAAGUUCGUUUUGCUUAGGGGCGAUAGGGUUCGUUAUAGCAUUAAAAUUAUACAAGUUUUUUGCAGAGUUUUUAGAAAUGACCGCCAUAUGCAACAGAUGCUUAAUUAACGUCUAACAUCGCGUUUUGAUUGGAGAUUUAUGCGUAAUCAGUUUUGCUAA